GGCCCUGAUUGCAUUGAUCUUUGCUGUUGUCCUCAUGGUCACAGCCAGCAGUGCAUCACAUCUCCCUGCCAAGUAUCCAGUUGGUGUGAACCCUGCUGCUUGUCCCAACUACCCAUACUGUAAUCAACUUGUGGAUCCAAUUUCUGGGUAUGCUGUGGCCCCUUACAACAAGCUUACCUAUGCUGUUCGCCCUCUGGCUCCAAUUGUCUACAGUGCCUACCCUUAUGCUUAUGCAACAGCAGGUGGAGACAAGUACCCGGCCAACGUGAACCCAGCUGAGUGCGUCAACUACCCGUACUGCCACGACGGAAUCUAUGGGAACCACGCGGUGGGCACGUUCAAAUCCGGCUACACAGGUGUCGUCCCNUAUGGGAACCACGCGGUGGGCACGUUCAAAUCCGGCUACACAGGUGUCGUCCCUGUCGUGCACGCCAUUGCCAAGAACUACGGGGGCUACGCGACCAAGUACCCGGCUGGGGCCCUGAUUGCAUUGAUCUUUGCUGCUGUCCUGAUGGUCACAGCCAGUAGUGCAUCACAUCUCCCUGCCAAGUACCCAGUUGGUGUGAACCCUGCUGCCUGUCCCAACUACCCAUACUGUAAUCAACUUGUGGAUCCAACUUCUGGUUAUGCUGUUGCCCCUUACAACAAGCUUACAUAUGCUGUUCGCCCUCUGGCUCCAAUUGUCUACAGUGCCUACCCUUAUGCUUAUGCAACACCAGGUGGAGACAAGUACCCGGCCAACGUGAACCCAGCUGAGUGCGUCAACUACCCGUACUGCCACGACGGAAUCUAUGGGAACCACGCGGUGGGCACGUUCAAAUCCGGCUAUGUUUGA